CCGGUUGUGCAGCAGCCAUUUUGUCUGUUCGGGCAAGUCUACCCUGACGGUUGCGAACUGCAGUUCCACCUUUGGAAACAAUUUGAAAUGUUGUUGUGACAUUUCCAAUUCACGUUAUCUCGUAUCUGAACGGCGUAGAAAAUUUAUAUCUUGAUUUUAUAUGUCCGAAGAGGACCGUCCUCUUCGUGAUAAAUCCAUAAAUCUGAAAAACGCGGGUCAGCUGAGCCAUGUCGUGUGAAGAAAGCUACUUGGCCAUCAUUCGCUAUCUGACUGAUGAACGGGAGCCAUAUGCGCCGGGAACGCCUGGUAAUACCAAGAGAAAAAUACGCAAAGCUGCCACCUGCUACGUCGUGAGAAACGGGACUUUGUUUUAUCAGCGUCGACUGAAGGGCCAGAAUGAUUUCACAGAACUGGAGGUGGUGCUGCAGGACGGUCGGAGGAAGGAACUUAUCAACGAGGCGCACAUUAUGGAAGGAGGGGAGCACCUCAACCAGCAACUCACCUGGGAGUACAUAUCUCAGAAGUACUGGUGGAGAGGUAUCCUGAAGCAUGUGAAAGACCACAUCAGAGAGUGUGCUCAGUGUCAGAGCAGGCGGAGCGCUGACGACAGCGCUGGACCUCGGCUGAUUUCCCGGCCAGGGAGACGCAGGGCGGCUGCCAACGUGAAUGAUGAGGAAGAAGAGGAAGAGGAGGAAGAAGAAGGAGAUGAUAGUUUAAUCUUCACUGACUCAUCUCCUCAUCUUAGAUCCAAGUUGUCCAAGACAAUGGCCAAGCAUGAACUGGUUUUUGUGGACAGCAAGGGCGAGGUGAAUCAGUUCCUGCCCAAACACAGCCAAACCAUGCUGGACAAACUCAACCAGCAGCGUCUCAGCAACCAGUUCUGUGACAUCACACUGCUUAUUGAAGGAGAGGAGUACCGAGCGCACAAAGCUGUGCUGGCAGCGUGCAGUGAAUACUUCAAGGAGCUGUUUUUUGAGAAGGGGGCCGUGUCCACACAUGAAGCUGUGGUCGACCUCUCUGGUUUCACCAAAGCCAGCUUCCUCCCGCUGCUGGACUUUGCAUACACUUCCAUGCUCACAUUUAAUUUCUGCAUCAUGGCAGAUAUUGCCAACCUCGCCCGGCAUCUGCUGAUGACAGAGGUGCUGCAGAUAUGUGAGUCUGUGCAUAAGCAGGUGGAGGAACAGAAGCUGACGGUAUAUCAAAGAGGAGACGUGCACACCGUGGUGUCGAGCUUACCGACGUCUCAGGAUGAAGUAAAGGAUGAGUCCUACAUGGUGACCAUAGAGAGUGACGGCAGAGCUGUGGUCACCCACAGCGGUGUUGCUGUAACAGGCGAUUCUUUGGCUUUUGUAGCACCUUCCAAAGAAGCUUACAUGGAGCAGCCGAUGACUGUUGUUACUGAAGCUGUAGAGGGGGACAAAGUGCAUGAUGGGGAGGCUGGUCAGAAUGAAACAGUGACUCUGAUCACUCACAGUGGAGAGGCUGAGCCUGGAGAGACUGUCACUCUUAUCUCACGCAGUGCAGAGGGGAUGGAUGGGGAGACGAUGACAGUGGUCACCCACAGCGGACAGGCCGGAGCCAGCGAGUCUCUGGCUGUGGUGUCGGCCUGCCUCGCAAUGGAGCAGCCACAGGUCGCUGAAGCAGGGACCUUUGUAAUCAACGUGGAGCCAGACACAGUGAGCCCCUCAGAGGUCCUCAAACUGGCAUCUGCAGCUGUCGCUGAGCAGCAGCAGCAGUCGCCUCAGGAGAGAACGGAUCCAGCACCUCCACCCCAGAAACGCAAACGAGGGCGCCCAGCUAAGGUGAAGAAGGAGGUAGAGCCAGAGGAGUACACACCAUUGGAGGAGGAGGAGCCCUCUGCUGAUGAAGGCCACGCGGACAAGCAAGAGAUGAUGUCAGACGACCCCAACAAAAGACGACUCCGGCAGCGCUCUAUCGCUGAGGGCGGUUAUGCUCGUCUGCAUAUGGGGCUGGAAGAUGAAGAGGAGGGGAAGAAAAGCUCAACCCCACCACGUGCCGCCACCCCUAAGGUGGGUCCGAGGCCUGGGAAGAGAGGAAGACCGCCAAAGCAGCCAGUGGAGAAUCAAGCUGAAGGACCGUCUGUGUCUGAAUCUGGGGCGGAACCAGAGGUCAGCACUGUGGAGAGUGUGGCAGUCACAGAGGUCAGUACAGAGGAAGCUGUGACAAAGGUGGUGGAGCCAGAGACCGGAACCAGCCAGGAUCAACCUCCAGCAGCAGGCAGCGCUGUGGAGGGAGAGCACACGUGCUCUGAGUGCGGCAUGUCCUUCCAAAGACGCUACUCUCUCAUCAUGCACACAUUAAAACACGAGAAAGCUCGUGGAUAUAAGUGCAGUCUGUGUAGUAAGGAGUUUCAGUACGCUGCCUCGCUCCGCGCCCACCUGGCCCGACAUAAGCAGCAGAGCAGCCAGCGAGCACCCAUCGCCAAACCCCCGGUAGAACAGAGCUCCGAGGGGAAGGCAGACAGCGAUCUGGACGACAAGACUUCAUCGCCGCACACCAAGCGAGAAUUUGUGUGCGACAUCUGCGGGAAGACCUUACCAAAGCUGUACUCUCUGCGGAUCCACAUGCUGAAUCACACAGGUGUGCGGCCUCACUCUUGUAAGGUCUGCGGCAAGACGUUCGCUCACAAACACAGUCUGAAGAUGCACCGAGCGCUGCACGACGUCACCAAACAGUUCCAGUGCGAAUUCUGUAAGAAGUCUUUCGUGAGCAAGAGGAGCAUGGAGGAGCAUACCAGCCUUCAUACAGGUGAAUCAAAGUACCUCUGCAACACGUGUGGAGCAACUUUCCACCGGGCCUCAGCUCUGAGCAAACACAUGAAGAAGCACCAGCCCAAACCUGAUGUCCGUCCAUUCGCUUGUGCUCACUGUGAUAAGAGGUUCUAUGAAGCAAAAGAUCUCCAGCAGCACAUGAAUAAGCACAUGGGCCUGAAGCCCUUCCAGUGCCAGGUGUGUGGGAAGUGCUACAGCUGGAAGAAGGACUGGUACUCCCACGUCAAGUCCCACAGUGUGGCUGAGCCCUUUAAGUGUAAUGUGUGUGGGAAGGAGUUCUUUGAGAAGGCUCUGUUCAGGAGACACGUUAAAAAGGCCACACACGGGAAGAAGGGCCGAGUAAAGCAGAACCUGGAGAGGGAGUGUGAGCAGUGUGGCAGAAAGUUCACUCAGCUCAGAGAGUAUAGACGCCACAUCAACAACCACCAGGGAGUUAAGCCGUUUGAAUGUCUGACUUGUGGCGUUGCCUGGGCCGACGCCCGCUCUCUAAAGCGUCACGUCCGCACGCACACUGGCGAGCGGCCGUAUGUUUGCCCCGUGUGCCAGGAGGCCCACAUCGACGCACGCACUCUGCGCAAACACAUGGCCAAGUACCACAGCGACAACCUGCCUGGCAAGAUCAUGCUGGAGAAAGACACCCUCCAGUUCCACAACCAGGGCACCCAGGUGGAGCACGCCGUCAGCAUCCUGGCGUCCGACCUGCCCCCCGAGCUCCGCCCCGCCCAGCAGCCGCCCUCAGAGGAGAUUGAGACGGUGCUGAUCACAGAGGAGACGGUGGAGGCCGUGGAAGCCGUGCAGGCUGUUCAGGCCGUGAGCGACGGCUCGGUGGCCACGCUCUCGGAUCAGGGCAUCAUGCAGGUGGUGAACUACGUCCUGGCCCAGCAGGCCCUUACAGGGGCCAAAAUCGACGAGGCACCCGAGGUGAUUCAGACCAUGGAGGUGGAGGUGGCUCACGUAGCUGAAGUCGAGUAACUUUGUGCCAGAGACUCUCAGAGAUUCUCUCACACAGACUGAUCCCAGUGUUUCUCACAGUCUGUAUAAAAUGUAACAGAAUGUAAAAAGCUUAUUUUGAAAUUCUGAAAAUGUACAUAGUGUAAGUGAACCAUGAGUGGAGUAUUUACUUUCUGUUCAGCUCAGACCUGUAUGUUUGAUGAGUCGUGUUUGUGCACGCAUUCACAUUUCUGUGUGUAUAAAUACAUAGGAAGAAGUAACAAGAUUAAUUGAUGAGUUAAGUCUAUGAUGCUUGGCUCUCGGCAGAAAUAAAGGUAGACAUAAGACACAGCAUGUGUUUUGACUAAAUGUAUUUAAUCUUAUCACAUCUCCAUCUAUCACUUCUGUUGCUGACAGAAGGGCUGUCAGACUGCACUGUAGACAACUCCUGUCACCUCAGCUGUCAUGGCUGUGGGUUUAUGUACUCCCCCUAGUGUCAGCUUGAAGGACAAGCAAAUAAAAAAAUGCCGCCUUA